AUGCUUACGCUUGCGGAGAAUACUGAAAAGAUGAAGGGAUUUCUCGAAGAGGAAAAUAUGGAAAUACGUCCUGGCAGCUCGUGGAAACCUCGACAUCUCAAAUGUCCUCGGGAAUCUCCGCCGAGGACAACUUUGGACGAUGAAGCUCGCCUUACUUUCACUAUCCCAUUUUUUAUUUGUAAUUCAUGCAAUGUAACCGUUCAUGUAUUGUUGAGGAAUCGUAGACAAAUUUUGUUUCAGUCGUUCGGCGAAAAGAGCGUGCGAAUAGCGCAAAUGUCGGGCAUUCCUAUGGAUUGGGCGAUGAUUUGUUCUAUUUCCGAUCGCGAGAAACACAUGGAGCGUUUAUUAACUUUUGGUAAAUGGCUUACAGAUGGAAUUACCAAAAGGUCAUAUUUAUUUGGACAAACGCAUGGAUUUAAUUUGGAGCCCAAAACCGUUAUAUAUACAACCCCAGAUGAAGUAGGUGAAGUCAAAGACGCAUAUGAGACUGUUCAUCAUGAAUAUUCAUCAGUAAUAUUCGUAUUGCAUGUACUUGAUAGUCGAGAUUCGCGCGAAUAUCACUUAAUGAAAAGGCUUUCGGAGCACAAUUCGCUUAUUCGUCAAGGAUUUCUACUUGAGACAAUUUUGAAUGAAAAUUCUGAUGUAUUCAGAGAUAUUGUUUUUUUCGGUUCAAUAAUUCAGUGGAUUUCGAGAAGACUACAUGAAAUCGUCUGUCACAAGGAUUCUUCAAUUUAUUCGAUUCGUGUUGGACAGCCAAAUGAAAUGCCUCGUCAUUUUGUGAUACAUGAUGGUACCAAUGACCUAAAAGAUAUAGUUGAUUCAGUUUUGCAUAAUAAUUUGUCUUUCACAGACAUCGAAUCUUCAUUGAAAGUAAGCGGUUAUGAUCCGUCGUUUAAUCAGUAUGAUAUUGCGAAACUUUUUUUUGAAUAUAAAAUUUUGCAAGUCAAUUUGCUUUUGGAUUAUGCUGUUGUAGUUCUUGGAAGUAAAUUUCAAGCGGCUCAUGCGGCACUUCGGCACAGAAAAGAUUCUGUCGCAAGUGAUUCAGAUAUAAAAAUUACGGCUUUAGGCGAUGAAGUUAAUAGAGAGAUUGCUUCAUUCGAUUUAGACGUCACGUAUUCCGAUAAUUAUGUUACUUGA